AUGAAGACGGAGAGCGGGGCGGCGCAGGCGGCGCCGUUCGCCGGCAGAAAACAGAGCCUGAUCGAGGACGCUCGCCGAGAGCGCAGCGGCGGCUCCGGGAGCGGCUCCCCGGGGCCUCCGGGGCCUCCGGGGCCCUCCCGGUACGCAGACGGCUUCGUGUUCGAGGAGAAGCACGGCCGGGUCACGCUGACCGUCCUCUUCGGCCUCAGCAACGAGAAACACGCCGGCUUCUUCAAAACGGGCAAAAUAUUCGAGACGUUCGAGGCCAAACUUCUCCACAUCGAAAGCCGCCCGGGGAGGAAGUCGAAGAACGGCGCGACCGACCUGGAGUUCUUCAUGAAGUGCGAAGUCCACAGCUCCGACAUGGACGUGUUCAUCAACUCCUUGAGGAGAGUGGUGGACGACGUGCGCCCCGUCCCGGAGGAAAAAGUUCCCUGGUUCCCCCGACAGCUGAAAGACCUCGACAGGUGCAACAUGUUAAUAACCAAAUUUGACCCAGACAUGGACCAGGACCAUCCAGGAUACAGCGAUCCAGAAUACAGAAAGAGACGGGCUUUCAUCUCGGAACUGGCCUCCACGUACAAACAGGGGGAGCCGCUGCCCACGGUGGACUACACGGCAGAAGAAGUGGCCACAUGGAGGGAGGUGUACCAGCAGCUGAGGAGCAUUUACCCCGGCCUGGCCUGCAGACAGUUUCUGGACGGGCUGCAGCAGCUGGAGAAGGAGUCGGGCUACGGGGAGGAGCGCAUCCCUCAGCUGAGGGAGGUGUCCGCCUUCCUGAAAGAGAGAACUGGUUUCCAGCUGCGUCCAGUCGCCGGCCUGCUGUCCGCCAGAGACUUCCUCAACAGUUUGGCCUUUCGGGUGUUUCAGUGCACGCAGUACAUCCGCCACCCCUCCAGGCCCAUGCACUCCCCCGAGCCGGACUGCUGCCACGAGCUCCUGGGCCAUAUUCCCAUGCUGGCAGACACAGAAUUCGCCCAGUUCUCACAGGAAAUUGGACUCGCCUCGCUUGGAGCUUCAGACGAAGACAUCGAGAAACUGUCAACGUUAUACUGGUUCACCGUGGAGUUCGGCCUCUGCAAGCAGAACGGAGCGGUGAAAGCGUACGGCGCCGGACUCCUGUCGUCCUACGGGGAGCUCGUUUACGCUCUGUCCAACGAGCCGGAGUACAAGCCCUUCGACCCCGAGGAGACGGCGAUGCAGCCGUACCAGGACCAGACCUACCAGCCGGUUUACUUCGUCUCCGAGAGCUUCGAGGACGCAAAGACCAAGCUGAGGAGAUACUCUGCAACCAUCAAGCGUCCCUUCGCGGUCCGCUACGACCCCUUCACCUGCAGCGUGGAGGUUCUGGACCAGCCCGCGAAGAUCCGGAACAGCCUGAGCCAGAUGAGAGAAGACCUGAAGACCCUCCACGGCGCCUUGGAGAAGUUCAGCUCGUCUUAA